AUGGCUCCCGGUGCCCUCGUCCAAGAUCAUGUACUUCCAGCAGGCAACAGACCCGAGUCGCAGCAGACGGAAGCAGAUGCGCCUUCACCAAAUCUGUUCUCUCUCUCCGGCCAGACCAUUGCCAUCACAGGUGGAGGAAGAGGUCUGGGCAUCACACUAGCCAUUGCUGUUGUUGAGGCAGGGGCCAAUGUCGCCUGCCUCGAUGUUCUCCCGGAGCCUUCUGCGGCAGAGUGGAAACGGCUGCAGGGCCUGGCCAAGAAGACUGGACUUUCUGCGACGUACGACAGAUGCGAUAUAACCAACGAGGCUGAGGUCAUCCAAACGCUGGAGACUGUUGAUGCAAGGAGCAGGGAGCAAAGAGCACCGUUCUCGGGUCUAAUCGCUUGCGCGGGAAUCCAGCAGAAGACACCCGCAGUCGAUUACCCCGUAGAAGAUUUCCAGCGCAUGCUCAACGUGAACGUCACUGGCACUUUCAUCACCGCGAAGCAAGCGACCAAGAUCUUCAUCAAGAACCAGGUCAAGGGAUCCAUCGUCCUCAUUGCCUCUAUGAGUGGGCAAGUCGCGAACCGGGGCCUCGACUGCACAGCUUACAACACAUCGAAAGCGGCAGUACAUCAAAUGUGCCGGUCAAUGGCUCAAGAGAUUGGACAGCAUGGCAUUCGGAUAAACACACUUUCUCCAGGUUACAUCAGGACUGCGAUGACUGAUGCGCUUCUUGAGAUCGAUCCAGAUCUCAAGGACACGUGGAUGAGAGGUGCGCUGCUUGGACGGCUUGGUGCGCCUGAGGACUUCAAGGCUCCUGCUGUCUUCCUUCUGGCGAGCGGAAGCAGUUUCAUGACUGGAUCGGAUCUUAGGGUUGAUGGUGGACACUGUGCUUCUGCGUAG